AUGUGGCCCUCCAAACACUCGUGGGGCUGGAAUGCUGUCGAUGUGGGACCCAAACGUGACCUUGUUGGUGACUUGGCAGCUGCAGUCCGUAAGGCGGACCUAAAGUUUGGAACCUACUAUUCAUUACUAGAAUUUUUUAAUCCACUAUUUCUGAGUGACCAAGCUGCUGGUUAUAAAACACAAGAUUUUAUUAAAAACAAAAUGGACCCUGAAAUAAAGGAGUUAGUCACUAAUUAUAAGCCCGAUAUUGUAUGGGCUGAUGGUUCCUGGGUUGCCGAUGAUACCUAUUUUGACAGCACCAACUUUUUGGCCUGGCUGUAUAAUGACAGCCCUGUUAAGGACACCGUUGUAGUUAACGAUCGGUGGGGCAAGGACACUCCCGGAAAACAUGGCGGAUUUUACAACAUGGCCGACCGGACUAACCCGAAAAAACUAAUGGAACAUAAGUUUGAAAACGCUAUGUCUAUGGACAGGGGCUCGUGGGGGUUUAGGAGGAACGCCGAACUUUGGAACUAUUUGACCACAUGGGACCUCAUUGUAGAACUAGUACAGACUGUCAGUUGCGGGGGGAAUAUAUUGAUAAAUAUCGGUCCCACAGCCGAUGGCGUUAUUAACCUGUUAUUCAUUGAACGGUUGACACAAUUCGGUGAUUGGCUUAAAGUGAACGGUGAGGCCAUCUAUGGGUCGAAACCGUGGACCCAUCAAAACGAUACAAUCACUCCGGAUGGUAAAGAUGUUUAUUCAACGACAUUUCAUUGGCCACAAAAUAGCCAGCUCAAAUUAGGUGCAGUGGACUCGCAAAUGGUCAGCAAGAUUGAGAUGCUAGGCGCACCUGGUGAAUUAAAAUUUACCAUGCUUGAUAAAGGUAUACAGGUGCAGUUUCCAAAUUUACCACCUGAUACUAGGCUCCAGUAUGCCUGGACACUCAAAAUUACUAUUAAAUGA